AUGUUUGAUCCCAAAGUUUUAGAAAGCCCAGCUGUGAUUUUGGACAAUGGAUCUGGGCUCUGUAAGGCUGGCCUGUCAGGAGAACAGACACCAAGGUCAGUCGUUGCUUCUGUUGUAGGCUAUCCCAAAUCCAAAGCUAUCAUGAUUGGAGCUGGUCAAAAGGACUAUUACGUCGGAAAGGAGGCUCAGUCCAAAAGGGGCAUUCUGUCUUUUAAGUACCCAAUGGAACAUGGCAUAGUGACUUCCUGGGAUGAUAUGCAGAAGAUCUGGAAGUAUGUGUAUAAGUAUGAACUCCGGAUGAAAGCCAGUGAAAGGCCAGUGCUCCUGACAGAGGCCCCGCUGAACACACUGCCUAACCGAGAAAAAAUGACCGAGAUCAUGUUUGAAGGCUUCCGAGUGCCUGCCAUGUUCGUGGCUCUGCAAGCGCUGCUGGCUCUUUAUGCCUCAGCCCAGACAACUGGAUUAGUGCUAGACAGUGGAGAUGGUGUUACCCUUACAGUCCCUGUCUACAAAGGCCAUUGCUUACUUCAUGGUGUUUCCCGGCUGGAUUUUGCAGGAAGAGAUAUUACUAAAUACCUUGCUAGGCUCCUCUUGGAGAAUGGACACUCAUUCACAAGCACAGCUGAGGGGGAAAUUGUGAAGGAUAUCAAGGAGAAGCUGUGCUAUGUGGCCAUUGAGCCCAGCCAGAAAAUGAAGGAGAAACCCAGGAAACUCACACGUGAAUAUAUUCUCCCAGAUGGAAAUGCUAUCCAGGUUGGCAACCAGCUGUUCAGAGCUCCUGAAGCCCUUUUUGUGCCAGCUAAUGCUGGUAUCUCAGCACCAGGGAUUGACAAAAUGAUUGUUCAGAGUGUUAAGAAAUGUGAUGGACGUAUCCACUCAGAUAUCUUGGGGAAUGUGGUAUUGUCUGGUGGAUCAACCCUUUUCCAUGGUCUAAAUGAGAGACUCCUGAAGGAACUGCAGAUGCAGAUCCCCAGCACCAUUCCUGUAAAGAUCAUAGCCCCCCAAGACAGGAUGUUCUCAGUGUGGAUUGGUGCUUCUGUCCUCACCAGUUUAAAAACGUUCAAGGACAUGUGGGUCACAAGUGAAGACUACAAGGAGAUUGGACCAACUGCACUUCAGAGAAAAUGCUUCUGAGAAGAAUGAC